GCUUGCUAGAGGCAUCCCCUGAAGAGCUGAAGAAGGAUAUGGAUCUAAACAACGCCGGAGUGCCGAGAAAAAGAUUGGGGAGGGGAAAAUCUGCAGAAUCUGGGGGAGGAAGGAGGAAAAAGGGUAGCAAAGAGAAGUACCCAGAAACAAAGAAGAAACGAAAAAAGAGAAAGGGUAGCUAUGAAAAAGCAAGUAAAAGCAGUGAGCAUACAAAGAGUAAAGAAAAGAGUAGCGACAUGUCUAAUGAUGAAAAGAAGUCGGCAGACAAGAUUGUUGAGAAGUAUGACGAAGAGAAAAAAUUGGAACACCUGAAAGUGACGAGAAAAACAGAUGAUGAUAAACCAAUGGAGCCUGUGAGUAGGGUAAGAAAAUCUGAGAAUGAAAAAGCAUCUGCUGAGGACGAAGCAGUUAAAAAUGAUGAAGAAAAGCUGCCUCUCAUAAUAGGCUCAUUAGAGCCACAGGAGAGGAAGCUGGAAGAUAUUUACGGAUUGGAUGGACAAGGAAUUCCAUCAAAUGCGACCGAAAAAACGGCCAUAGAUAUGCAAUCGAAUACGGUCAAAGCCAACCGAACUCAGUCUGAUUG